AUGCCACACCCGAAAAAGAAGCGGCGACCACACGUUGCGCCGCGGUUUGCUCAGGAUCGACGACCUUCAGACGCCACUGCGAAACGUGUGGCGAUCAGUGAACAAGAACAAGCGGUGCGCGAUCUCUUUUCCAGCUCCACGUGCCGCUGUUUCGUGCUCAAGUCGUUCAGUGAGGCCAAUGUCCACAAAAGUCUCAAGUUUGGCAUCUGGAGCACGACAGCGUUGCACAGUGCUCUAUUGGACCAGGUUUACCGAGCCAGCAGCCUGACUGCAGACCGACCAGUGCUGCUCUUUUUUAGCGUGUGCAACACGAGGCACUUUCACGGCAUUGCUCGCAUGACGUCGAGUGUACAGACGGAUACGCAAUUUCAGCUAUGGGAAAAGCUCAAGUACGAGGGGUUCUUUCGUGUCGAGUGGCUGCUGGUCAAAGAUGUGCCCAAUUAUGUGCUCACGGGGGUCAAGAUGAGCAACACGCCGACGAAGAAAUCCAUCACCUCGUGUCGAGAUUGCGAAGAAGUGCUGUGCAGCGAGGCCAGUGAGUUCCUGACUCGCUUUACCGAGUUUGAUAGCCGCUCGAGUGCUUGGGACGAUUUCGCACACUAUGACGAGCUUCAGAUACAGCUUGAGCACAAACGGGGUUUGGUGCUUUCAGACGAGGUUGACAGGACGGAGUUGAGCUCGUAUCUCGUACCUCUUCAAGAAGAAUCGCUCGCGUCAACAUAA